AUGCACGGAAAGCCUGAGGGAGCGAAGGCAGCAGAGGGAAUCUGGCAGAUACUGGGAAACGUCACGCAGGUCCUGGAAGUCCAUGUUGGCAAAAUUCAGGCUGUAGGAAAAGGACUCCACGCAGACGCUUUCGAAUCAUUUCGCACUGGAGCUGCUUUGGGUAGCGUCAACUGCAUGAAUGAGCUCGCCGUUUGUCUUGCGGGAGUGGAAGGAUGUCCGCAGGACUUGAUUGCAGCGGUUGCUCUCGUCAGAGGAGUCCAGAAACUUCUCGGCAGCUCGGCAGUCUUCAAGAACCAGCUUGGCGCAGUUAUAGCUCGUGUGUAUUACAAUCUUCGCGAGAGCGCUCGGCAAAACGAGGAAUAUGCCAAAGCGGCGGAGUGGCUGCAAAACGCGGCGGACAAUGGACAUGCUGGCGCGCAAUACGAGCUAGGACAAACCUUCGAAUACGACCAGGAGAACUUGGAGGAAGCUGUUGCUUGGUAUGAGAAGGCGGCGGAUCAGGGCAAUAUUGGCGCGCUAGUCGCCUUAGGAUUGUGCUACAAGUUUAGCAAAGGAGUCGAAGAAAACAUUGUUGAGGCAGCUGCGCUGUUCAGAAAGGCGGCCGAAGCAGGCAAUGACACUGCGCAAUACCAUCUAGGAGAAUGCUAUGAUAAAGGGGAGGGAGUGCCUCAGAACGCGGCGGAGGCGGCCGCGUGGUACGAGAAGGCGGCCGCGCAGGGGCACGUGGACGCGCAAUAUAACCUGGCGCUGUGCUAUGAUAACGGCCGCGGACGGGCCCAGAGCAACGCCAAAGCGGCCGUCUGGUGUAAGAAGGCGGCUGAGCAAGGCCACGUGACUGCUCAGUACAAUCUGGCCAUAAGCUAUGCGUGCGACAUGGGCGUCGCGUUCAACCCCGUCGAGUCCGCCAAGUGGUACCGGAAAGCGGCGGAACAGGGCCACCGUGAGGCGAUGCGUGCUCUGGGCGUGUGUUACGAAUUUGGUGACGGCGUUCCCCUAGAUGCGAAAGAAGCGCUCGUGUGGUAUGAGAAGGCGGCCGACUUGGGGCAUCCAGGGGCGCAAGCCGACGCGGAAGAGCUGAAGAAGGAGAAUGAGUGCCUUGAAAGCUGUCUGCUGAAGCUAGGCUAUGAUGUGUGA